UCAUGGAUAAGCAAGAAGAAGUGUCUGACGGAGAAAAUUCCAACGCGUCUAAUUUUAUCUCUAAAGAUUCUGAUGUGCAACUACAGGAAGCUUUCGACACUGACACUUACACAGAAACGGUGCCAAGAAAAAAGAAUAAAAAACCCAAAGAGCCGGGAAUUCUGUACAUAACAUCGGUUCCACCGUUCAUGACUGUAAAACGAAUUCGCGAGAUUUUCGAUAAAAUAGGAAAUGUGGGACGAAUAUUUCUACAGCCGGACGAGCGGCCAGGACCGAAGCGCGGUCGUCGUGGCAAGCGCUUCACCGAGGGCUGGGUCGAGUUCGACGACAAGCGGCGCGCGAAACGCGUUGCCACGACGCUCAACAACACGCUGAUCGGCGGCCGCAAGCGCUCGCGCCACCACGACAUGCUGUGGAGCCUCAAGUACCUGCCCAAGUUCAAGUGGGGUCACCUGAGCGAGAGGCUCGCCUACGAGAAGGCUGUGCACGUGCAACGGCUGCGGACCGAGGUCGCGCAGGCGAAGCGCGAGGCGACGGCGUUCGCCACCAACGUCGAGAAGGGACGGCAGCUGAGCGCGCACGAGCGUCGCGCGGCGGCGCGCGGCGACGCGUGGGAGGAGAGGCGCGUCGACGUGGCGCAGCGCGCGACCGACGAAGAGGUGCGAGAGACGAGGAGGAGGAGGAGGAAGGGGGAGAAGGCGAAGAGGAAGCCACGCGGAGGCGACGGGGAGCUGCUGCGGAGCAUCUUCUCGUAG